AUGGAUAUGGCACGGCUGGAUAAACCAGAGAUGGAUAAAUUUGAAUUUGAUUCCAUAGAUCUCUCAAAUAAUAUCAGUCAUACAAAAAGCAGAGAAAAGCCUUUCAUUUUAAUUAAGGUGCUUUAUCUCGGUAAAGAAAAAGCUUCCCAAGUGCUCGGAUGGGAAAAACUUGAUACUUUUGAAGGGGAUGCAGUGAGCACUCAAGAAAUAUGGAAAGCCAGGGAGUUCUCAUCACUUUUAUCAUUACAUCCUGGGAAAGAGCCUGACAAUAUUAAUGAAAGCACUCCAGGUAUCAACAGAUCAGGAUUAUAUGAAUCAACUAUUGAACUAACAGUAUAUGAUCCAACAAAGGUCUCACAGCAAAUAAUUCAUGGGGAAAAGUACAGCAGGAAAAUGGAAGAUAAUAGUUUAGCCCCUAUACCACACUGGGUGCCCCAUAAUGAAUCCACAUUAUUGCCACAUUCAUCAACAUUGCAGGAGCCCUUUGAUUUAUACAUUGAUGCUUUACACUAUAUACCAGACUGUGCAACAAUUACCAAGGUCUCUGGCCGGGUUCUAAAUUCUGGAACCAAAGCUCAGUCUUCAGUUGUGGCUUUUCCAAGAAUGGACAGUCCAGCUCGAAAUCCUAUGUUUGACUUCCAUCACACACUAAAUACAAAGGAUGACCAGCUACAUGUGGCUUCCUGUAUUUUGUUUCAAGUGUCUACUGUGGACUCUGGAAAUGUUGCCAUAAUUGGGAACUGCAUGCUCCGUGUUUUUAAUGAUGAUGGUAAGCUUAACGUUGGAGGAUUUCAACUGAGACUGAGAACAGGUUUACCUUCCAAAACACUGGACUCACUGGUACCUGAAGUCUUACAAAAAUAUCCUGCUUUUCCCUGCUGUUCUCUUUUGGUUCGACUCCUACCACACACUGAGGAAUUGAAACAAGGAAUUGAAACUCAAAAUGAUUAG